GAUAACUCCACAAGGUGACCUCCCUCUUCAACGGCGUUAACCCCUUUUCGUUUCAAUUCCUCUCCCCGCUUUUGCCCUAAUUCCAUAAUGCCCCCUCGAUUCCUAUGUCCUCUCCCUUCGUCGUCGAUUUGAUCUGAAAAUCACCAGCGGAACGCCAAUCAUCGCUUUCCUCUCUCUCUACAAGCUCCCCAAAUUUUACCUUAACCUGAAAACCCUAAGUUUCGAUUCAGUCAAACAACUGCAACUGCAAAAGCAGAGCUACUAGGUUUAUGAAAUGGCAAAGGGUAAGCUUAUAUUAAUCUGUCAAUCUGGUGGUGAAUUUGUUACAAAUGAAGAUGGAACCAUGACUUAUAAUGGAGGAGAGGCAAAUGCAGCAAAUGUCAAUUCUGAGACUCCCUUCAGUGAAUUAAAGUUGAAUUUAGCUGAAACAUGUAAUUUCAACCAGGAAACAGUUACUGUCAAGUAUUUCCUUCCAGGAAACAAACGAAAUCUGAUUACAGUGAAGAACGAUAAGGAUGUAAAAAGAAUGAUUGAUUUUCAUGGAGAUGCAUUGACAGCUGAAGUCUUUGUUACAGGAACACCAGGUUUUGAUCGAAGUGCCUUAGAUACACAAACUAACAGCCAAAGCAAUACCAAGAACAAUGAGACUAUAAACAAUGACAACACAAGUCCCAAGAAAGAUGAUGUGGUCAAACGAGGCAAAGUUGGUAACAAGAAAGAUAAAAAGGUGAAGAAAGAAGAUAAGGGGCAAAAGAGUCCUUUAGCAUCCCCAUCUAAGAGGACAACACGCCGAACUGUAGCUGCUAAAACUGAAGCAUCUUCUAAUGAAAAUGAAGAAAAAACCGAAACAAAGGUGUCAAAGGAUGAGGGGUCCACAGGAGACACCUCCACAAGUGCUGAUUCUGAACAAGUCAACAUCAAUCAAGAUUCUGAUUGUAGUUCCGAUUUUGUCCCUAGUAGGUAUCCCAAAAGGAAGAAGCCAAAUGUCAAUACUACCCCUGCUGACAGUGUCAAGAAACGUAGGCGUACCCCUUCUUGGAAAUUUGGCGCCAAUGGCCGCCCCACCAUAGUUUCUAACCCCGAUGAUUCCGUGGGGUCCAAGGGUAAAAUUGGAAAAUCACAAAGAAAGAGUGGGAGGUUAGCUGCUAAAGAGGGAGCAGGGACCAAAUCAGGGAGAAAAAGAGGACGCCCUCGAGCUGUCCCUCCACCUGACAGCAGUGAUCAAGAACUUGAUGAUGACGUGGCACCUGAAACUUUGCUUCAUAUUGUCAAAGUGGAAAAAGAAAAACUUCAUGGACAUGAAGAAUCUUACAACAAGUUACCAUGGUUCUGUGAGAAGAUUCUAGAAACAAACCCUGGAAGCAUCUCAAAACUCGUGAUUAAUGACAACAAAAGAUUCAAAUCCCUUUUUGUCUCUUUUUUCGCUCCAUUAUCCGGAUUCCAAAACAGCUGUCGCCCACUUCUUUUCCUUGAAUCCACUUCCCUAAGGUCAAAAUUCGGUGAAUUUAUAUUUACAGCAAAUGCCAUUGAUGGAAAUGACGGUUUUUUCCCUGUUGCAUUUGCCAUAGUAGACACUGAAGACACUGACACCUGGCGUUGGUUCUUGGAAAUUUUAAAAUCCACAAUCUUGACCCCACAACCUAUCACUUUCGUGUUUGAUAGAGACAAGAAUUUGAAAAUCACCAUACUUGAAGUUUUUGAAAACGCAUAUAUCGGAUAUUCAAUUUACCAUUUGUUAGAGAGCUUCAAAAGAACUGUAAAAGGUCCGUUUCAUGGUGAUGGUAAAUCUUUUUUACCUGUUCACUUUUUAACCGCAGCACAUGCGGUCCGAUUAGUCGGUUUCAAAAAGUCAACCGAACAAAUUAAGCAAAUUUCAUCACAAGCUUACGAUUGGGUGAUGCAAAUUGAGCCACAACAUUGGACAACUUCUUCCUUUGAAGGUGAAAGAUAUAACCACAUUGUAGAUGAUAUAAAUAUAAACGUAUCAAUCUCAAAGUUAAUGGAGGAUUAUCGGGAAUUACCCUUGUUACAAAAGAUUGAUGCUUUGAUACGUUUUAUGAUUGAUGAGAUGAAUGAUGCGAAUUUGGAUGCGAGUAUGUGGGGGACACAUCUUACACCUUCUAAAGAGAAACAACUUCAAGAAGAGAAUUUGAGAUCUUGUGGUUUGAAAGUGUUGAUUUCUUCUGAUACCCUUUUUGAGGUUCGUGAAGAUUCGACUCAUGUUGUGAAUUUGAGUAACUGGAGUUGUACUUGUUUAGGGUGGAAAGAAACCGGUUUGCCAUGUAGACAUGCACUUGCGGUUUUUGCUUUGAUUGGUAAAAAUCCGUAUGAGUUUUGCUCGAAUUAUUUUACGGUUGAUGCGUAUCGUAUAACGUAUGCGGAAUCUAUAGCCCCGGUGCCAAUUGAGAAGGAGGAGAAGGUUGAAAAGAUAGAGAUGAUAACUGUAGGGGGUGAAAAUGUAGAUGUUGAAAAGAUUGAGGUUGUGGAAGAAAAGAUAGGCGAAAUUGAGAAAGAGGAGUGGGAAAGGGUAGAAGAUGGGCUAAAGAGUGAAAAGGUUGAAGUUGAGGGUGAAAAGAUGGAGAUGGAGAAAGAAGGGGGUGGAAAUGAAGAAAAUGAACAUGGUGCGAAAGUAGGGGGUGAAAAUGAAAAUGAAGAAGAUGUGAAAGUAGGGGGUGAAAAUGAAAAUGAAAAUGAAGAAAAUGUGAAAGUAGGGGGUGAAAAUGAAGAAGAUGUGAAAGUUGAAGAUGUGAAAGAAGGGGGUGGGAAUGAAGAAGAUGUGAAAGAAGGGGGUGAAAUUGAAAAUGAAGUAAUUGUGGAAGUUGAGGGUGGAAAUGUGGAAGGUGAGAAAGAAGAGGGUGAAAAGUGUAAGAUUACGAAAGAAGAAGAUGAAGUUGUUGUGUUACCUCCAAUACCUGUAAAACCAGCUGAUGAAGUGAAGGAGAAGAUGGAGUGGGAAGAAACAGAAGUGGAAACAAAGAGAACAGUGACGUGUACAAAGUGUAAGCAGCCUGGGCAUAAUAAGAAGUCUUGUAACUUGUAUCAGGUGCAACAAGCUUUGAUCAACCAGGUAUGAUUAUGAAUGAUUAUGGAUUUAUGGUUCUUUGUAUUUAUGUACCAUAAUGGAGAUGUUAUUUGAGGUUGAAUGUCUGUCUUUGUUUAAGAAUAUUUGGUUUAGAUUUAUAUUUUGUAUACCCUUUGGACUUGUUAGAUUUUUUUU